GUGGCCUGUUGCGAGGGGCGGGGCCGCGGUUCCGGUGCGCGGCGGCCGCGGUUUCGGCAUCGGGGCCGGGGCCGGGGCCGGGAUCGGGAUGAAUGAGGCGGAGGGGCUGCGGCAGCGGCGGCCGCUCCGCCCGCAGGUCAUCACCGAGGACAGCCCGGCGCAGGAGGCCAAGGAGGGCAGUACUUACAGCAGCAAGGUGUUCCGUGUUACCUUCCUGACUUUGGCUGUGUCUGUGGCUGUGCCCCUGCUUGGAGUGACUGUUCUCCUGGAUUGUCCUGUAGACCCUCAGCCCAUAAGUUUGAAGGAGCCCCCCCUCCUGACGGGUGUUUUAGAGCCCAACACCAAGUUACGGAAAGCUGAACGGCUGUGGGAAAACCAGCUGCUUGGACCAGAGUCCAUUGUCAAUAUUGGGGAUGUGUUCUUUACUGGGACAGCUGAUGGGAAGAUUAUCAAAAUUGAAGAUGGGGAAAUACAAACAAUAGCCAGAAUUGGCCACGGUCCUUGUGGAGGCCGUGAAGAUGAGCCAACGUGUGGAAGACCACUUGGCAUGCGAGUGGGGCCAAAUAACACCCUCUUUGUGGCAGAUGCUUAUUAUGGACUCUAUGAAGUUGAUCCUGAUACAGGUGCAACAAAGAUGCUUGUGUCAACCAAAACACUGAUAGAAGGCCAGAAGUUGUCAUUUGUAAACGAUCUUACAGUGACCAGGGAUGGGAGGAAGAUCUACUUCACUGACUCCAGCAGUAAAUGGCAAAGACGAGACUACUUGUUCCUGCUCAUGGAAGGCACAGAUGAUGGGCGCCUCCUUGAAUAUGACACAGUGACAAAAGAAGUGAAAGUCUUAAUGGUGGGGCUGAGGUUUCCCAAUGGUGUGCAGCUCUCUCCUGCAGAAGACUUUGUCCUGGUGCAGGAGACAACCAUGGCUAGAAUCAGAAGGUAUUAUGUGUCUGGGCUGAUGAAAGGUGGAGCAGAUAUGUUUGUUGAGAACAUGCCUGGUCUUCCAGACAAUAUCAGGUUAAGCAGCUCUGGAGGAUAUUGGGUAGCUAUGGCAGUUGUGAGACCCAAUCCCGGAUUUUCUUUGUUGGACUUCUUAUCUGAAAAAACAUGGAUAAAAAGCAUGAUAUUUAAGUUGCUGAGUCAGGAAACUGUGACAAAGUUUGUACCCAAGUACAGCCUUGUUGUUGAACUCAGUGAGACAGGCUCCUACAAAAGAAGCUUCCAUGAUCCCAAUGGAGUGACAGUAGCUUAUGUCAGCGAGGCGCACGAGCACAACGGGCACCUGUACCUGGGAUCCUUCCGCUCUCCCUACAUUGGCAGACUUGAUCUCCAGCACGUUUAACUGCCCACCCCUGGUGAAAUCCCACUCUCUGUACUUCUGCAGAGGUGCAAAGGAAGGCUGUGCUUGAGGCAGUGUGUGACCAAGUGACAAAAAGUGACAGACAGCCUGUUAAGGUGCAGGAGCACUGUGGCCAUAGGAAGAGAUACAGUUUGCUGUACCUGUCCUCUGUCUUGGCUGACUGCUGAUGCUCUGGAGUUGGCCUGUAUUACUGUUCAUACCUGAGGACUGAGGCAUCUUCAUUCAGUCCUUUGUUCCUCCAAGGAAAUCCAUUGGUUUCCCCGUGCCCAGCCUUGUUUGGAAUCACCUUGAACAGACACCAUCAUGUCGCCUUUAAUGCAACUGUGUGUCCUCUUACUCUGGAAGGAAUUGUGAUGGAUGGAAUUUAAUUGUGUGUAAUUUGGGUGAAAGAGGGUGGCUUGCAUGUGUUAAUUUCUGUUUUAGUGCCUCCUGUCCAGGAGUGAUUACAGUGCAUGUUCUAAUGUUAUACCAUGGUGCUGUGGUAGAGGCAGCAACAUCCAGGACAUGCCUAGGAAUCUAGUUAUGCCAUUGGGUUUCUUCAGUUCCAACCUGUGUAAGUAACAUCAGACAUUGCAAUUAACUGUUAAUCAACAUGCAGAAUCAAAUUGGAUCAUUA